AUGGAUUUCUUGUUCGGAUCAACUGCUGCUCCCAUAUUUGGCGGAGCUCAGGAUGCCCUUCAGACUGUUGCAGGUAUGGGCGGGACGAAGAACGUUUGUUUUGUCGAUAAUUCGAACCAAAGCACAAUUAAGAUGACUCUAGCCCCAAGCUAUGGCUCGCUCAACAACGAAGCGAUGAAGAAAAUGGAUGAUAACACUAAAGUCAUGAUCGGAACGGCUGUUUCAAUGCUUCAAAACUUUAAUGACCAUGACCGUACAUGGGACAAUGUUGUUUCAGCAAUGAAGAGUAAUUCCUUGCUUCAACUUGAAGGUGGAGACGGUAUACAUCGAUCAGAUCAGAUCACCAAGAGUGGGAGCGGCGACUUCAAAUUUGAUGGAUCCCCAGACAUGGGCUUCGUCUCCGAGGUAAGACCUGACCAGCAUGAGGAACGGCGACGAUCACUUAGUAUUGACAUGAUUUCACACCAGAUCGAAACAUGGUUCAAAAACUUGAUCGGUGAUUCCGACAUCAUCAACACCAUGAAUGUCAACAUUCAGGAUCUGGCCAGGGUAGCGGCACAGUCAGGUGCAUCGGUUGAUGGAGUCGGCGCUGUGUUUGGCAAGGAUGAAAGUCAUUUCAAGAACGUACUUGACAUUGGGGCGCUGAGAUACCCCGAUUUGACCAAUCCUUAUUUCAAGGUCUAUCGAAUUGUCGUCAACGCUUGGUCUCACUCAAGCCGGAUUCUGUUCCAUCAAGAGGAUAGCAAUGGAAUAAAUGGAGACUACCACUGUUGUAACUUCAAGCCCAAUCCCGAACGAAUUGCUAGUCUAAGAGAAGAGGUUCGGCAUCAAGCCAUUCAGAUUGCGGAAGAUCUAUUCAAAAAUUAG